GGGUCGUCCUGCACCUGGCUGCACCUGGCCUGCCGGCACGAUGUUGAUCAACCUCAAGGCAUCCUGACGCAAACCCUAACCUGGAGCUGGCCCGUGGGCUGACCGCGACUGGACGAGUCUGAUUCAAGAUCCUUGUUUUCCUGCUUUCUGCAACUAUAAAGCCCAGUCCCGGCCGCCUUGUCAAGGUGUGUUGCACAUUCAUUCUGCUUACAUCCAACCUCUUGCUUCAACUCGGACAUUAGAGUAGACGGACACGCUUUCAAGCCAUACUUAGCCAUACUCCCAAUCUAUACUUCCAGUCCAUACUAUUUCAUAUCAAGCAGUCAACAUGCCUCGUCAAGCUCUCGCUAGGCCGGUCAUGCUCUUGAUCCGAGCUCUCCAAUGGGCUAGUGCUGUGAUUGUGAUGGGAAUAACAUCCUACUUCAUUAGCAAAGGGCCCCGUGGGCAGCAUAUCAUUUACCAGGAAGUCAUUUCUGUUCUCUCGGUUGUCUUCUUCCUCCCGGCUUUCCUCUCCCCGUUCAUGCCCAACAUGCUGAGCCGAUUUGUCUUCUUCAUUGAUGUCGUCUUCUCUUAUCUCUGGCUCACGGCAUUCAUCUUCGCCGCGCAAGACUACAACUGGCACAACUGUUACUUGAACGCUCCUCCCUACAUGAACUGCAGCAGGAAGAAAGCAAACGAGUCCUUCAUCUUCCUCGCAUUCAUCUUCACCUUCUUUGGCAUGCUCCUCGAACUCUACUCCCUCUGGUCCUACCGUCAGGAGCACGCCAAUCCCGUUGUAGAGAAGCACGGCCAUGGCGCCACGGGCACUGGCAACGCCCCUCACGAUGCACCUGCUACAGCCGUUCCUUAAAUCUCGAAGACUGAUGAUUGAAUGAUUUCACUUGCCAACAUCACCAAGCUGCGGCUCCCUUCCCAUGGUUGGUGUAUGAAUUGUCGGGCAUGCGAUUGCAGCGUCUAUUUAUUUGCCUACUUACUGGAAUACCUUGCCUAUAUAUAUUAUCACUGGAGGUAUUCAGUUUGUUUGGCAGGAACUAAUAACGAGGAUGGAUACGGACAUGGGGUACACUGAUAUCCACUUGCUUGUGAUUUUGUAAGUGUGGAUGGGAUGGUUGCUCUUGCCUAAUUGUUUUGUCAUGUCUGAUAUACCGAUUUUCAUGUCUAACCGUGGUCACCAAGUCUUAUGUAAUUUUCUACUGCUACCAGCCUAAUUAAUCUUAUACUGCUCAUCAAA